AAACUUGGGAUAGUACAAUCGAAACCUCUGGUCGGUGUGCAUCGUUUCUAGAGCAAUGCCAAGAUGAUUCCAUCCAAGUCGUGCUUCUUCUUGGGAAUAAUCCUAAUCUUAUAUGGCACCAACUAUGUAGCUACUUCCGAACAAGGCGAGGUAAUUAUGAGAUGGGCCGAGAGGUUCGGCAAAGAACUAUAUGAUCUGGGUCUGGUAAUAACGAAAAGCAUGGAAAUCAAAUCGAGGUACCCGUUGCACAACGCCAGGGUUGAGCGUAAAGAUCCCAAGAUACUUCUGGCUGAGAUUGUUGAGAACAUCGAGCGCAUGAUGGAUAGGAAGAUGGACGCCAUACGAUGCAUAUUGGAAGUAGCUGAGAACGCUGCAGAAAAUUUCGAGAGCGAUAUUGGGAAUAGGACUUUGAAGUAUUACAGCUCGACAUAUUCUCCAGUCGAUAAUGAAACUGUUGAAGUGCCAGAUUCCUUGCUGGGAAAUGUCACCUAUUUACCAAUGAGUCUCAACAAUGAUACUCAUUUCUAUAAUGUUCCGGUAAACACGACCCAUAGCUCUGUCCACGUGCCGGUGAACGUAUACGAUCGCCACAAGGAUGCUAGAAGUGCAAUCGAAUGGUCUGAAGCUUUGGAUGAAGUCUUCAAGCAAAACUAUAAUUCUGAUCCAGCGCUAUCCUGGCAGUACUUCGGUAGCACCUCCGGAAUAAUGCGACAUUAUCCUGCAAUGAGAUGGAAAUAUUCUGAUAUAGAUUUGUUCGACUGCCGUAUCCGCACUUGGUUCAUUGAAGCCGCCACGUGUACCAAGGAUGUCAUUAUCCUGGUCGACAGUUCCGGCUCCAUGCAAGGGAUGAGGAAACACAUAGCAUCCUUGACGAUCUACAGCAUUCUGGAUACCUUCUCGAACAACGAUUACAUAAAUGUCAUGAAUUACUCGACGGCGAUAAGCUACACGGUACCUUGCUUCGAGAACAUUCUGGUGCAGGCGACCAAGGAGAACAUCAAAACAUUCAAGAAGGCCGUCGAAGCGAUCGAACCGGACAACAAGUCAAACGCGUCACUGGCUCUGGGGGAGGCGUUCAAGCUGCUGAAACAAUACAGGGAGAAAAGAGGAUGCGAUGAGAAUAGUAGUGACUGUAAUCAAGCAAUCAUGUUAGUUACAGAUGGGAUAUCUGGAAAUCUUAGUAGUGUUUUUGAAAAGUAUAAUUGGUAUAACAAUGGAACUAGCAUACCGGUGAGGAUAUUUACAUAUCUCAUCGGGCCUGAAGUCACCAAAGUCAACGAGAUUAUGUGGGCGGCAUGUACAAAUCGAGGAUACUAUUCGCACGUGCAAUCGCUGGAGGAAGUUACAGGUUCGGUAUUCAAAUAUAUUCCUGUAAUAGCGAGACCGCUUGUGCUGCACGGCGUUGAACAUCCAAUUUCCUGGACUCAUGCCUAUGUGGAUAUAACGUACGACGAUGAAAACGAUAACAUUUUCAACGAGCCUUAUCGCCUUUUGACGUCGGUUGCUGUUCCUGCCUUUGAUAGGAAAGUGAAUAGAAAUAAUGAAUCCAGGACAGCGGAUUUGCUCGGCGUUGCAGCCACAGAUGUACCCAUCGAUGACAUUGCCAAACUCACAAUGCCUUAUAAAAUUGGUGUGAUGGCGUUCUCUUUCAUAGUGAGCAACAACGGAUACGUUUUAAUGCAUCCCAGUUUAAGACCGGUCUUUAAUAAAACCAUACUCAAAGAGAACUACAAUAGCGUAGACUUUGCUGAAAUAGAGCAGCAUGAUGAUGAUUACGAAGCUCGCGAAAUUAACCCAAUGGUACUGGAGCUCAGGGAGGCGCUUGUUAACGGGAGCGAGGGCGGUUUGUUUGGUGCUAAGUUGAAGUACCAUUAUGACGAUAUGAGAAGAAUCACUAGACAGAAGUACAAUUAUUACUUCGCACCUCUGUCAGAUACUCCAUUUUCGAUCGGUUUAGCUAUACCUGACACUUACGGUAAUUUCUCAAUUGAAGUUGGUGAUGAGAUCCAGAAGAAUAGACAUACCGGCAGCAACAUUACGAGCUUUUUCAAAGGUUCCAAUUGGAAGAUCCAUCCCAAAUGGGUUUAUUGCAAAUACCAUUACUUGGAGGGCCAUGAGUUUGAAACUCCCGAAGCGGAAUUGUUGCACUUCCUUAAGAGAAUGUACGACAAAGAUUUUGUUUGGGAAAGACAGUAUGAGGCGAAUGCCAAGCAUAUACAUGAACUUUACGAAAUCGAAGUUGAAGAUAACGAUGACAUUGAAUGCGGUAGAAAAACUCUGAAGGAUGACGAUUAUUACUGUGAUAGGGAUCUGAUUCAGCGACUUAUAUUUGAUGCUAAAAAUACGCUGGAAGUGUUCAAAGAUCCGUGGAAGUUUAACAACGAUCGCGAGAAGUCACUAUUUGAAAGAUACAAUGCCACGCUGAGGUUCGUUGCAACGAUGAGUGGACUGACUAGAUGGGAAUAUAUAUUUGGAGAGGAAGAUGAUGUCCAGAAAGAGGAAUUCGGCGAUAAACAUGCUAGAGCAACGGAUGAAACCUGGUAUAAGAGUGCUGUCCUCCAACAUCAAUAUGAUACCGAGUCGUUUGUAUAUUCGGUUCCAUUUGAGUCUGGAGGCACAGAUGACAUUUUAGUCACUGGAAGUUACUCUAUUUUUCCAAAGGAUGCUGGUAUGGAAGCGCCGGGUUCGGUGGUCGGCUUCCAGUUUUCUCACGAUCACAUGCAGAAGAGGUUCUUAGAAAUCGUUUCAAAAGCAGAGGCCAAUACUGUAGCUUGUAGUGAAAUGUUGGAUUGCUAUGUAGUAGAUAGUUCGGGAUACAUUGUCAUCUCACAUGAUCAAAAUAACACCGGCCAUUUUUUUGGUGAAAUUGAAGGUGCUGUCAUGGAUUCGAUGCUCGAAAAUGGCAUAUUCGAGAAGGUUGUUAUCUACGACUUUCAGGGGUACUGUUUGAAUGAAACCGAGAAGAAAACCAGCGAUGGUGGACAUUUACAGACGCCGUAUGAUAUUAUAAGGGGAACUUUCAACUAUCUCUUUGGAAAUAUCGUCUGGUUGUUCGUAAAAAGCAAUCUUUAUCAAUUGUGGGAUCCAAAUUGGGUCACGGCCGAAGAACUAUUAACGACCAUAAGUCCGCGAUUUGCCCAAGCAGAAGAGGAAUACGAAGAGGUCUUGGAAGCGAAGAAGGAAGAGGAUGAGGAAAAUGUGUACUACCCUUGCGAUCUGCAGAGGGAUCUGUAUCUUCUCCAGCAGAACAAAUUCAUCAGAGACAACGGUUGGAGAGGAGAUUCGUUGAAUGCUUUCUUCGUUAAACGUAUCCCGCACAGUAACCUGAUCUUAGUAGCAGUUAAUGUUACUUUUAAGAACUACGACAUUAUUUACACCACCGCACCCAAAGAUGUAGAAUAUCCGUACGACCAGCAACAUCCUUGUCAGAAAUUGAACCUAACUAACUUGCCGAGGAGAAGAUUAAAAGGUUGUUUCAAUGAGCACCCAGAAGAAAACGAAAUCAAAACUUGUGGUAGAUCGUCUACAAUAUCAAUAAGUGUGCCACUAUUUGCGUUUAUUUUAUUUUUAAUACUUAGCUAAAUUGCUGUUUGUGUGAAUAUAACAAUCAAUAAUAUAAUAAAGCGGUUUUAAAAA